AAGGGCGAACCUCUCGUUCCUCUACGGAGCAGCCGCAGCCGCCAUGAUGGCGGCGGGCGGGACGCUCCGCGGCGCCAUGUCGGAGACGGGCGAGAGAGCGCGAGAGAGGCCGCGUGUAUGUUCUCGCGAGGGUUUUGCGAGGUGGGCGGGGCCUGGAUGCCACGUCUGGUCUGAGCCCGGCGCGUCUCUGGGAGCCGGGGCUAUGGCGAUGAGCGGCGGCGGAGGGCUCCGGGGGGCUCCGUUGGCCCUGGCGGUCUGCGCGGCCUUGCUGUGUGCCGCCUCCGCCCAGCACGGGGACGCGCACCACGGGCACACGCACAGCCACGGCCACGGCUGCCACGGGCACACGCACGAGCACAUCUGGCACGGGCCCGGCCCGGGAGAUCCCGCCCACCAGGGCCACGCCCACUCCCACGAGGGCCACGGGGGUCCCGGGCAGAGCGGGCCCCCACCCAGGAGGGAGAAGCUGGAGCCCCUCCGCCUGUGGAGCUACGCCCUGGGGGCGACCCUCCUCAUCAGCGCCGCCCCCUACUUCAUCCUCUUCCUGAUCCCCGUGGAGUCCAACAGCCCCCAGCACCAGGCCCUGCUCAAGCUGCUGCUCAGCUUCGCCUCGGGGGGCCUCUUGGGGGACGCCUUCCUGCACCUCAUCCCCCACGCCCUGGGUGAGUCCCUCCCCCCAGGCCCUGGGGCGACCCUCCUCAUCAGCGCCGCCCCCUACUUCAUCCUCUUCCUGAUCCCCGUGGAGUCCAACAGCCCCCAGCACCAGGCCCUGCUCAAGCUGCUGCUCAGCUUCGCCUCGGGGGGCCUCUUGGGGGACGCCUUCCUGCACCUCAUCCCCCACGCCCUGGAGUCCCACGCUCCUCACGGAGAAGAAGGCGGUGGCGGCCACGGCCAUUCCCACACCAAGCCCUCCGGCCACGGCCACUCCCACCAAGGCCCCGAGCACCAGCACACAAUGGCCGUCGGCCUCUGGGUCCUGAGUGGCCUCGUGGCCUUCUUGGUGGUGGAGAAGUUCGUCAGACACGUCAAAGGGGGACACGGCCACAGCCACGCUCACGCUGCCAAGGCCAAGAGCAGCGAUGACGAAGGGGAGAAGGAGGGGCUCCGAGGGCCUGCCAGGAAGACGGAGGCGCCCCCAGAGUCUGCCAUGCGUGUGGCCGGCUACCUCAACCUGGCUGCUGACUUCGCCCACAACUUCACGGAUGGGCUGGCCUUGGGCGCCUCCUUCGUGGCGGGCAGUACCGUGGGCGCCAUCACCACCCUCACUGUGCUGCUCCACGAGGUGCCCCAUGAAGUGGGCGACUUCGCCAUCCUCGUCCAGUCUGGCUGCACGAAGCGGAAGGCCAUGAAGCUGCAGCUGGUGACGGCCCUGGGGGCACUGGCGGGCACAGUCUGCUCCCUGCUGGCGGAGGGCGUGGGCGAGGUGGCCACUGCCUGGAUCCUGCCCUUCACGGCCGGCGGUUUCAUCUACGUGGCCACCGUCUCUGUGAUCCCGGAGCUCCUGCAGGAAGCGGGGCCGGUCCAGUCCUUGCUGGAGGUGCUGAGCCUGCUGGGCGGCGUAGUCAUGAUGGUCUUCAUCGCCCGAUACGAGUAGAGAGGAGGAGGAGGAGAUUUGGCGUCGGGUGGGGGGGCGCAAGGCCGCUGGAAGGAGCCGCCCCUGCUCGCGUGGGUGCCUCUCCCCCCCCCCCCACGCUGCUCCACGGAAGGCCUGGCUGUUCCUGCCUUCCAGGGCAAGGACGGGAGCAGGAAACGGGUCUGGCCGUCCAGGGGACCAACUUGUCUGUCCCAAGGGGCACCCUGGGAAUUGCUGCACCUGUACUGUAUGUGUGUGUGUGUGUGAGAGAGAGAAGGGGGGGGGGUGACAGCGAGUUGGGCACUUCCUUGCAAUUCCAGGGGCAGAAUUUGCACAGCCCCCCUCCCAUCUUUCUGCCGGAUAGUGCAGACAUGGAUCACAUUUCCUGCCCUCUGUCUUCCUCCCCACGCCUGGCCUGCUGAGGGAAGAGGGGCAGAGACAAACAAAAAUCAUGCUUUUUCAGGGGAGCCAGCUGGCGUGCGAGAGAGGUUCCGGCGUACAUUUCUUUCAUAUCUCCUUUUUUAUAUGACGGUGGGGUAGAAGCGGGGAAAGAAGCGGGGUGAACGGCUGAACAGGCGAAGGGCUGCCCCCUGGAAAGCUGCCAAGGGCUCCCGGCCUCUUAUCUAAGGAGGUUGGUCACCCAGCUUGUGUUUCCAGGAGGGAGGGAGGGAGUAAGAACUCCUUCAAUAAACACGUCCAGACUCCAGAGGUCCUC